GAAGCUGGCAGAGCGUUGGGCCCUUAUCCAUGACACUCAUGGUGCCAGGUACUCCAUCAUGACAACGAACAUAGCGGAGGCGUUCAACAAUGUCCUGAAGGGAGUACGGGGCCUCCCGUUGUGUGCCAUUAUUGAGCUCACAUUCUACAGAACGGCGGACUACUUUCGAGACCGUGGUAAUGCUGCUAUAAAGUGCAGCCCACGGUUUUCACCUAAGGUGGAGCAAAUCAUAUCAAGAAGGAGGAGCAAGGCACACUUUCAUCGGUCAAGGAUCUACGACUUGGCCAACAAUGACUUUGAGGUCAUGUGCCGCCGUAGGUAUGCUUCAGGGUAUAGCACCGGGGACACCGUGCAGCAAUGUCAACUUGGACCUAACGAGGUGAAGUGCACAUGCAAUAAGCCAAAACUGCACCAUAUCCCGUGCUCGCAUGUCUUAGCCGCUUGCAGGGACAUAGGUGGCAAUGACGGAUCACAGUACGUAUCACCGUACUUCACGAUCGAUGCAUUGAGGAGCACAUGGCUUCCAAAGAUGCGGUCCUUUAACAUCGGAACCAACUACAAAUCGAUCGAGGGCCCUAAGUGGGUACCUUAUCCACGAGCACGACGCACAGAUCCUGGAAGGCCUAGAUCUACGAGGCUGCAAGGUGACAUGGAUGAAGCAGAUGCUGUUGAUGGCCUUCGCAGGUGCAAACUUUGCAAACAACCUGGACAUGACAGGAGGACUUGCCCGACCCGUCAGUAAACUAUCAGCCCACUG